UCACCUCCCCCAAACACAAUUCAGUUUAGUGGUUAUGAGAAAAGAAAAUAUAUGCAGGAACCCCUCGUUGUAAAGUGGAAACAUUGCUCAUUGUUGUUAAUGAUGUAUUCCAUCUUCAUAGUCAUUACCCAAUAUCUCAUGCAGGGGCGGACUGACAACUCAUGGGCCCCCGGGCAAUAGGGGAUCAUGGGGCCCCUGUGUCCUUGCCCAAACUCAAAAAAGCCUAUGAAAAGGUACCAGGGGCAUCUCAUGGGGCCCCCUACUGACCCCGGGCCCUCGGGCGGUGCCCGAGUUUCCAAAUGGUCAGUCCGCCCCUGAUCUCA